AAGAAUCAAACAGCAAUGGAGGUUGUUGGAGAGUCCAUUCUUUCUGCUGCCCUUGAAGUUCUAUUUGGUAAGCUGGCUUCCCCCGACUUGCUCAAGUUUGCACGCCAGGAGGAGGUCAUUGCUGAACUGGAAGGGUGGAAGAGGGAACUGCGGAUGAUUAAUGAAGUCCUGGACGAAGCCGAGGAGAAGCAGGUAACAAAGUUGUCCGUGAAAGAGUGGGUAGACGAUCUCCGAGACUUGGCCUACGACAUGGAGGAUGUGCUGGAUGAGUUCGCCACCGAGCUGUUGCGACGCAGGUUGAUUGCAGAUCGUGCUAAUCAGGUGGCCACCACAAGUAAGGUACGGAGCCUCAUCCCCACUUGCUUUACUGGUUUCAAUCCUGUUGGUGAAGUUAAGUUUAAUAUUGAAAUGGGCUCCAAGAUCAAGGCAAUCACUGGGCGGUUAGACGAUAUUUCAAACCGGAAAGCUAAGCUGGGUUUUAAUAUGGUCCCGGGUGUUGAAAAAAGUGCGAAAAGGUUUGCAUCUGGAGCAGCUCCUACUUGGCAACGACCCCCCACUACAUCUUUGAUUAAUGAACCUGUUCACGGGAGGGAUGAAGAUAAAAAAGUUAUUAUUGACAUGCUGUUGAAAGAUGAAGCAGGUGAAAGCAACUUUGGGGUCAUUCCCAUUGUUGGCUUAGGUGGGAUGGGGAAAACUACACUCGCCCAGUUCAUAUACAAGGAUGAUGAGAUAGUGGAGCAUUUUGAGCCAAGGGCGUGGGUGUGUGUAUCGGAUGAGAGCGAUGUUGAGAAUUUAACAAAGAAGAUUCUCAAUGCCGUCUCUCCGGCUGAAAUUCGUGAUGGGGAUGACUUUAAUCAAGUGCAACUCAAGCUAAGCAAGAGUCUGGCGGCUGGAAAAAGGUUUUUGCUAGUUUUAGACGAUGUGUGGAACAUUAAAAGCUACGAGCAAUGGAAUCAGCUGCGUGCCCCAUUCAAGUCUGGGAAAGGAGGAAGUAAAAUCGUUGUAACAACACGAGAUACAAAUGUUGCAUCACUGAUGAGAGCAGACAAUUAUCACCAUUUUCUCAGGCCUUUAUCUCAUGAUGAUUGUUGGUCGGUGUUUGUGGAGCAUGCCUUUGAAAGUAAAAAUGUUGAUGAACAUCCGAAAUUGAAAUCCAUUGGUGAAAAGAUAGUACAAAAAUGCAGUGGCUUACCCUUAGCAGCAAAGAUGGUCGGUGGACUUUUACGCUCCAAAUUACAAGUUGAAGCAUGGAAACGUGUAUUGGAUAGCAACAUUUGGAAUACCAGUGAAUGCGGAUUAUGAAUUUGAGGAGAAGCAGUUAAUUUUACUGUGGAUGGC